AUGAAGCAAGGACCGACUGCUGGGAAGCAAGUGAAAGGAAAAGACCAAGAUCUUUUUCAAGUAUCAAUGGAUAGAGAGUCUGAAAAGACAUUACGCAGUCGAGUGGUCGAAAGAUCAGAAGGAAUGUUCAUGUUUUGUAUACGACUGAAAGUUCAAAUACAAUUGGGUGCCAAACAAAUUCGAGUCCGAGUUAGGGGCAAUCACGAAGGUAUUGUAAUUUUCCGGAUUGGUGGCGAUCUAGGUGUCGAAGAGACCGGAGAAUACGACGCGCUGUGGAUGCUGGAGAAGAAGGCGAGACGCAGGACCGAACAGCUCUGCGGUAGAUCGUUCAGGAAUAGGCGACAAUUAACGGACUCGGAGGAACAGAAUUAUAGAACGGACGGACUGGUGCCCGUUCAGCAAGCCAAUUACGUGUGUACCGACUGCGGGAAGGAAUACAAAUGGUUGGACAGCUUGAAGAGGCACAAGAGGGUCGACUGCGGGAACAAAGAGAAGAAAUUCUCGUGUCACAUGUGCGACAGGAAGUUCAAGUAUCGUUACGAACUGAAAAACCAUAUAACCGCUCUCCACGGGAAUCGCUGGUACAAUGCGGAUGGUGUCUCGCCUUGCGAUAUCUUGUUAAUUCCUCGACCAGCGGAUGUCUAUCAGUGCGAGUGCGGCAAGUCUUACAAAUACAGUAGCAAUCUGAGAAGACACCGGUCCACCGAGUGCGGCGAGAACAAGAAACGACACGUCUGCAUCCUCUAUGCGUUCUCCAUGUUGCAGCUGCCAUACGCCAUAUCGUCCAGCUUUCAGCAGUUUGCGUCCAGCGGAAGUCAGUCGCAGCAGCAAUCGGAAGGGAAGAGCUCGCGGAACGACAGCGCCGCCAUCAACAUUUGUUUCGGUUGCGGGAAGAGGUACAAAUGGCGGGAUAGUUUGCUCAGGCACCAGAGGGUCGAGUGUGACCGCAAGUACUCGCCAGGUGCUCCGAUCGAGUGGUACUAUCAGUAUCAGACUCUGUACCUGCGGAUGAUGGCGAAGAAUCAGAUGGCGGAAAACGCGGCAGCCGAGGAUCCGGAGAGUCCUGACAAGGAUCAGGACGCGGACUACUGCCAAACGGAGUCCGCCAUUGCAGAAAAGACUCCUGAGAAGAAAACGAUCGUGGAGACUCGCGAUUCCUCCGGGUACUCUUGUCCCCGAUGCGGGAACGCUUAUCUAAGAGUUCACUCGUUGAACAGGCACAUCAAGUUCGAAUGCGGCGUCGAGCCACGAUUCGAGUGCCCGGUGUGCCACAAGAAAUCGAAGCACAAGCACAAUUUGAUCUUGCACAUGAGGACGCAUCAGAAGUCCUAA